AUGGAUAUUGAAUUCAUGAAACCAGUUCAACCACACGUUUUCAAAGCCCUAAAAGAUGUUGAUAUUCCGGGUCUUAUGAAAUGUAGUCCUGAUGAAAUAAGACCCAUAAUACCAUGUCUUGUCCGAAUGGCCUUGAUAUCUCCAUUAGAUAUCACCAGAUACUGUGCAGAAGCUAAGAAAGAUAUACUUACACUACUUUCAGGCAUUGAUUUAGUAAAUUUCAUAGUUUCACUUCUAUCUAUAGAAUUUCAUGUUCUAGAAGCAGAUGUAAAAAAAGAACAACAAAUGAGGCAAAAAAGUGGAUCGCAAUGCAUUGAGUCAACACUAAUUCCAAAUAUAAUUAAUGGUAUUGCAAGUGAUUUUGAACAGUCUGAUUCUUCUAGGAGGGUUCGCCUUGUUCUAUCAGAACUAUUACAAAUGCAAGCACAAUUAGUUGAGUUCAAUCAGACAAAAAAUACAAAUGCGGAUUAUACAAUUAAGCCCUCUGAAUUAUUUGAUAAUGAUGUGUAUUUAGAAGAAAUCACAGAUGUUAUAUGUAUAAGUUUAGCUGAAAUACCGAAUUUACUAAAUAUCUGUGAUGUGGUUGAGGUUCUCCUUUAUGUAAAUAAGGGCCCUUCUAUAAUAUCAUGGGUGGUAGCAAAUCAACCUGACAUGUUGCAGGAAGUAGCGGAAUCACUUGUAUUAAAUGCUGAACGAAGUGAAGAAGGUGGCAUCAGAGCAAAGGCAUUAGCUACCUUAUGUGCUGUAUUUCCACCUAUUGCUGCCACCAUAAGAGCAAAAGCAGCAUCUGCUUCACGUCUACCAUCUUUAGUCAUUAAUUUAACCUUGACUCACCAUGAAGAUGAUCUUGUGUCAUUUAUAUCAGGUCUGUUACUUGGAUCUGACCAAACUACUAGAGGAUGGUUUGCUACAUUUUUACGAAAUUCACACAAAAGAGGUAAAGGUGAUGGUCAUGCUGCAUUGACAAAGUUAAGACAAGAAUUAUUAAUUCGUCUAAAAGCUGCCACAGCUGGAGUAGAUGCUUCAGCUUUACUAAGAUUGUACUGUGCAUUGAGGGGCAUUGCCAGUAUUAAGUUUCAGGAUGAUGAAGUAGCUUGGUUACUAAGACUAGUGACACAGAAACCUCCCCCAACCCCUGCUGGAGUCAGAUUUGUCUCAUUAAGUCUAUGUAUGAUUUUAGCAUGUCCAUCCUUAAUGGCUGCUCCAGAUCAUGAGAAAAAAGCUAUAGAAUGGGUCCAAUGGUUGGUAAAAGAGGAAGCCUACUUCGAAAGCACUUCUGGUGUUACUGCAUCUUUUGGUGAGAUGUUGUUGCUGAUUGCCAUACAUUUCCAUUCCGGACAACUAUCGGCAGUAGGUGAACUAGUGUGUGCAACACUUGGUAUGCGUGUUCCAGUAAGACCUAAUGGGCUGGCUAGAAUAAAACAAGCCUUUACACAAGAAAUAUUUACAGAGCAGGUUGUGACAGCUCAUGCAGUCAAAGUUCCUGUAACAGCUAAUCUCAAUAGCAAUAUUCCAGGAUAUUUGCCAGUUCAUUGUAUCCAUCAACUACUAAAAUCUAGAGCAUUUUCGAAACACAAAGUGCCAAUUAAAAAUUGGAUUUACCGACAAAUAUGUAACUGUACAGCACCUCUACAUCCUGUUAUGCCAGCACUGGUAGAGGUGUAUGUCAAUUCUAUCCUUGUUGUAAACAACAAGGGUACUAACGAAUAUGUUAACAAACCUAUAAUGGAAGAAGAAAUCCGUAAGGUUUUUAGAAACUCUAUUUUUGGAGCAAAUUUUGAUGUAAAAAAUAAAUCAAUAACUCCCAUGGAAAUAGAUAAUACUGAACAAUCUGUAGAAAUAAGACUAGAAAAACCAACGUUAGCUUCGCAGUUAUUAUUGAUUUAUUAUUUGCUACUCUACGAAGAUGUGCGAUUGUCAAACACGGCAACGUUGCUUGCUAACGGUAGGAAGGUGAAAAGCUAUUCAGCAGCAUUUUUAUCAGAAUUGCCAAUAAAAUAUCUAUUGCACCAAGCCCAAAAAAAUCAACUCUCUUAUGGAGGUCUAUUUAGUCCACUAUUACGACUAUUAGCAACACACUUCCCGCAAUUAUCUUUAGUCGAUGACUGGAUGGACGACCAAGUGUUUGCUGAUAUGAGUCGCUGUUAUGUCGAUUUCAAUCUUUCCGAAACCACAAUAAACGAUGGAUUCCUAAACAUUGAUGAUAAUCCGUACAAAACAGGAAAAGUUUUAAAAGCGAUGUUAAGUAAAAAUCCUACAGACAUUUGGCCUUUUGCUGAGAUAUUCGUUAAAUAUAUAAAAAGUGUAUUAGGUGAUAAAGUUCCUAGACAUAUACAAGAGUUAUAUCGGGAAGUUUGGUUACGACUCAAUACUGUUUUACCCCGAUGUUUGUGGAUUAUGACGAUCAACGCUCUUCUAGAUAUUAACGGCAUGGGCAUUAAGAAUGUUACUAUUACACAAGAAAAUGUUUUAGUUGAUCCUUUACAAGUGCUGCGUUGCGAUAUGCGAGUAUACAGAUGUGGACCUAUAUUAAAAAUUAUUUUACGAAUUCUUGAAGCAAGUUUGGCAGCUUCUAGAAGUCAACUAUCACGUCACUUACUCGAUAAACCUUUAUUAGAAAAAAGUGGCCAACUAACUUCCGAUUCAGAAAGAGAAGAACUAAAAAAUGCUUUAGUUGCAGCUCAAGAGAGCGCGGCCCUUCAAAUAUUAUUAGAAGCCUGUCUAGAAACACUAGAUGACCAAAAAAAACCUGAACUUAUGUGGUCCCUUCGCGAAGUCCGAAGCAUAAUUUGUUCUUUUUUACAUCAAAUAUUUAUAUCAGAACCAUCUCUAGCAAAACUUGUGCAUUUUCAAGGUUAUCCCCGAGAACUUUUACCAGUAACAGUACAAGGCAUUCCAUCAAUGCACAUCUGUUUAGACUUUAUACCAGAGCUAUUAAGCCAAGCCUCUCUUGAAAAGCAAAUAUUUGCUGUUGACCUAGUAUCUCAUUUGUCCAUCCAAUAUGCUUUACCUAAAGCAAUGUCAAUAGCCAGACUAUGUGUGAAUACUCUUUCAACACUAUUAUCUGUAUUACCUAGUGAUUUGCGUCUGGAAUUAUUCCAACCGGUUCUCAAGUCUCUGGAAAGGAUAUGCAUCGCCUUUCCAUCACUACUAGAAGAUAUUACAUCUUUACUAUUGCAGCUUGGCAGGAUAUGCGAAUCCCAAGCGUCACUGGGACACUGUUGGAAUGACACUCCCAUAUUAGGCGAAACUGCCUACAUUGAUUCUGAAAGGCAACCUGAAACUAAAGUUCUAGUAGCGGAAGUCCUCAGUAGAGAUAUAAGGGUGACAAUGAAUGAAAUUGUAAAAAAAGCUGUAUUAAAUGAUAAAUUAUAUUAAGUAAAUCGAUUUGUAAACUACUAUAUUUCUUCAAAUGUGAAUGUUAUAAAAAAAGUGACAUGUUCAUUUUUUUCAUUUAAUAAAAUAUUUUGAAUGUU